AUGUCGGACAAGAAGCCUCUCAUCACUCACCUCUAUACCGCCGACCCCUCGGCCCAUGCCUUCAACGGCAAGAUCUACAUCUACCCAUCACACGAUCGCGAGACAGAUAUCGAGGACAACGACAAUGGCGACCAGUACGACAUGAAUGACUACCACGUCUUCUCGCUAGACUCACUCGACGGCCCCGUCACAGACCACGGUGUGGUCCUCAAGCAAGAAGACGUACCAUGGGUCUCGAAGCAGUUAUGGGCUCCCGACGCCGCUACCAAGGACGGUAAAUACUACCUCUACUUCCCUGCUCGCGACAAGGAGGGAAUCUUCCGCUGCGGUGUCGCCGUCUCGGACAAGCCUGAGGGUCCUUUCGCUCCUCAACCAGACUAUAUCAAAGGCAGCUACAGUAUCGACCCUGCUUGCUUCGUUGACACUGAUGGCUCAGCCUACCUCUACUUCGGCGGUCUUUGGGGCGGUCAAUUGCAGUGCUGGCAAAAGGAGGGACACUUUGAUGCUGCCUGGAGCGGUCCACAGGAGUUGACUGGUGAGGGUGUUGCAGCACAAGGCCCUCGUGUCGCCAAGAUGUCCAACGACAUGCUCGAGUUUGCCGAGACUCCUCGCGAGGCUCUGAUUGUUGACGAGUCUGGCAAGCCCAUCCAAGCUGAUGACCACAAGAGAAGAUUCUUUGAGGCCGCGUGGAUGCACAAGUACAACGGCAAGUACUACUUCUCCUACUCGACUGGUGAUUCACAUCUUCUGGCAUAUGCUGUUGGCGACAGCCCAUACGGCCCCUUCACCCAGCGUGGCACCAUCCUGGAGCCUGUAGUUGGCUGGACCACUCACCACUCCAUUGUCGAGUUCAACGGAAAGUGGUAUCUCUUCUACCACGACUCGUCAUUGUCAGGAGGCAAGAACCAUCUGCGUUGUGUCAAGGCAAGAGAGAUCUUCUACGACGAGAAGGGUGACAUUCACAUUUAG